AUGGCUUAUUACCAUUCUGAAGGGUUAUUAUACACUGGCUCUCAUGACAGAUCAGUGAAAGCUUGGAGAAUCUCUGAUGGAAAAUGUAUUGCCUCAUUUCUAGCACAUGAAGAUCAUGUAAAAGUGCUGUAUUGGGGAACCAAGACGAUGAUUGUGUUUUCACAUGUUCUUCUGAGUUCUGAUGGCUCAGUGAAAAUAUGGAGAAGGGCAUACACAGAAAACACACACACAUUAACAAUGACACUAAAGUUUCAACCUUCACCAGUGAACACACUUGCAUUGAGUUCAUCAUUCAACCGUUGUUUUCUGUAUUCAGGAAUUACAGAUGGAAUGAUAAAUUUCUGGAAGAAGGAAAGAUUAGGUUCAACCAUGGAGGGUUUCUGCAGGGUCAUGGAUUCGCGGUACUUUGUGCUGUGA